GAAUUUUUGAAUCGAUAUUAUCGUUGAAUAUUUUUUAUUAAAUAGAAGAAGGGGUGGCCACUUAAGUGUGGUGAUAAUUUAUUAAUUGUUGUUCUCGUCGAAAAACACUCUUCUCUUUGGUUUAUAUAUUAGGAAGACGAUAUGGGUAUGAUAACACGGGUGAGGGGUCGUGUUAGAGCGAAUUCUUUAACUGUGGACAAAGAAAAAACUGCACAAAGCGUUUGCCUUUUGAGUGCAGUUCUUUUGCUACCAUAUUGUCCUCGUGGUCCAUUACCACUUUUACCCUCACCGGCGCCAGCAUUGUAUUCUGCUUUGGUUUUACCUGUGGUAUUCAGCGCCAAUUACAGAUACCCUGUUUAUACCUUAAAGGCUCUCGUAGAAGCAACAGCAGGUGGAUUAUCGAAAGCAUGGAAACCCUUAUAUCGUUUCUUAAAACGUUUAUAUGGACCCGUAGAUCGUGCGGAAAAUCUUUUUCUAAGGAUGAAAAAUAUCUCAGUGAUGGCUAAUCAAAUAGUAUUUUUAAUGCUCGCGGAUAAAGUAUUGGUACCUAAAGAAAGAAUGACAUGUCUUUACACACUUAUGUUUUAUAAUGUUAUCGCGUAUUGCGUGAGCUAUAUAAAGGAACUGAUAGAAAAAGAAGACUGGACACCCUACGUUACUUUAACGGAAAGAUCGCAAAUCAAACAUCUUGCUAUGUCGGCCACAAAGAUUGUCUUAGAGUGGACCAAGGCCGUUACAUUCGUCGUUACUCUGACCUUCAUGCUCCUCGUAUUCGGUUUGGAACAAGGACUUGAACAUUACAAGCCCUCAACCCUGUAUACCGUAUUAACUUGGAUCUACUAUUCAGCAACGGAAAAGGUUUUCGUGGAUAUGUUUCCAACUAUUCUAGGAUAUCUACAACUAGAAGCAUUGGAGAAUAUCGAGAAUCUUUAUGCUCCUGUGAUAUUAAGAUACUUUACUAUUGGGAUGUCAGCUUUCUUCAGUCUAAUACUCUUACCAACUGCACCAUGGAGAUUCCUCUUUGUUGCAACAUAUCUAAACAUUUACCUAAGAUGGAAGGAACUUAUGCAAAAUUCAGGAGCGGCGUUGAAACGCGAACGAGAGAUAUUAAAUCGAUAUAGAAAAGCUACCGCGGAUGAGAUCGAUAGGUUCGAUGAUGUCUGCUCUGUUUGCCUUUAUACCAUGACAAAAGCUAGAGUGACACCCUGCCAUCAUCUUUUCCAUGCGGAUUGCCUCAGGCAAUGCUUAAAGACUAGCGACAGCUGUCCCAUGUGCAAGCGAGAACUUAAAUUUGACUGAAAUAUUACGUGGCAGGCAUGCGCGCUUUAUAAUGAGAAAACGAGGAAAAAAAAAAAAUUAUAUACAUACAUAUAUAUAUAUAUACACGUUCGUUCCUUUUUAUUUUUACUACUUUUUAAUACUCUAUCGCGUUAGGUUUCGUUCAGAGAAUAAUUCUUUCUGUAUUUACGUUCAAUCAACAUUUACAAUAAAGAAAUCGAAUCGUCGUUUUAAUUAGUACACAUGGUAUAUUUCCAAUGGAAAUUCUAAAAAUCAUUUUUUUCCCCAAUAUCCAUAUCACGGUGUGUAUCAUUUUAUUGCAUUACUUAUAUUCCAUCAUAUGUUUGUGAAAGAAAAUUUGUUAAGACCCUUUUAUUUAUACAAAUCAGAAUUUCAGUUUAAAACUUGGAUAUAUAUAUAUAUAUUAGAUGCUAAAAUUAACUCUUGUUGUUUAUUUCGUCUUAAAAAGUUAUCUAUCUUGAAGGAAAGAUGAAUGAAUAUUAAUCAAAAUAAUUUCUUCCAUAUUCUACUAUUUUUUUCAAUCUCUCCAGUAAUAAGGUAAUCCCACAACGAUAGAAUACAAUGUCUUUCGAAAUAAUUCAUUCAUCCACUCAAUGACAGGAUUUAAGUUUACCAUCUAAUAUAACUUAAAACAAAAGAUAAUGUUACACAUUUUAUAUCGACAAGACAUCCUAAAUAACGAUCGUUAUAUCGAAGAACGAAUGUUUCUCUAAAGAUACACUAUUCUGUGAUACAUAAAAAAGGAUAUGACAAACACCUUUUCUCUGAAUAAAUGUUAAUAAAGAAAUCACACUAUGUCUUUUAUAUAAAUAUAUAUAUACAUAUAUAUAUAUAUAUCUAUA